AUGCCGAAAGAGCAGAAAUGCGAGAGUGAACCUUACUAUUUAUCACUUGAUUGGUAUCGACACGGACUUGAUGUUAGCGAUAAGUACGAAAGUGAUAAUGCUGAAAGUAAAUAUCCUGUUGCCUUCCAUGGUACGCAUUCUGGUGCAGUUAGUGGUAUUACUCAAAACGCAACACGUUGUAAAGGUGGAUCCUGUCCUCAGUACACGGUGCCCUUCGCGGUGACCACUGACGACAAGACGGGAAAAUAUUGUAUUGUAUAUCAAUGUCGAGUACGACCAAAAUCAUACUCGAUUCAUCCAAGUUGUGUUAAAGAAGGUUAUACAUGGCGUACUGUUGAUACAAAUGCGAUUCGAUCUUAUGGAUUAUUAUUGAAAAAGAAGAAGAGCAAGAAUUAA